UCUUUUCCAUCGCCUCUGAUGAACCUCCCUCUCCUGCACACCUCGUCUUUUUCUGCUACUUUAAAACGUUGUCGCAUCAAUGUCUACAAAUUCACCCCACCGAAAAUAAUCUCCCGCUCCGUUUCUUCACGCCGGCGCCACCACCGUCGUCGUCUCCUCAAACACCACCCGGACGCCGAUCACCGCUCUCCUCCAACGGUCAAUCAAAACCUCCAAAUUGUCCUAACCGUUGACCGACUUUCAAGCUCCAAACCAGUGACUUACAUAUCUGAACUCGUGGAUGCUUCUCAGUCGAAGCUCAGUCGGUUCAUUUAUGCCGCCGACGAUGCGUUUGAAAACCUUCGGACUCUUGUAACUGUGGAUGGAGCUACCAAACGAGUUGUUGUGUCGUGCCGGAGGUCGACGGUUCAUUUUCUAGGAUUUGUUUUGCUCUCAAGUUUGGUUAUUAUCUUUGUUUUUAGGGUUUUGAUUAAAUUGUUAAUUGGAAAUAGUGAUAGUUUUAGUGAAAAUAAUGGUGGAGUAAUUUAUAGAAGGGAUCGGAGUUUGGGUGGUAGAGAAGUUGCUGUAGCGAAAGUAGAUACAAAUUUUAGAAAAAACGAAAACAAAAAGAAGGGAAGUGAAAACAAUAUCUUAAUGCUGAUGUUGGAGAGCGAAAAUGAGAUAAAGAGGCCGUUUUGGGAAAGGAGGAAGAAGAGGUCGGCAGAGAAACUGCCUCAAUGGUGGCCGGUCUCCAGUCAAGGUCCCGGUUUGCUGGUGGAGAAUAAAGAGGAGUAUCAGAUGAUGGCUAACCGGUUAAUUCAAGCAAUCAUGGACAAAAGAAUCAGAGGGGAAGACAUUUCAAUGGAUGAUAUAGUCCAAUUGCGCCGUAUAUGCAGAAUAUCUGGUGUGAGGGUUUUGAUUGAGGUGGAGAAUGCCCGAGAUUCAAUUUAUCGUGCAUCAGUUGACUUUGUUUUGCAGUGCUGUGAAAGGAUAGAAAAUCAAUCGGCUUUCAUUAACAUUGAUGGUGAGGAUGUCCACCAUUUCAUUGCUGGGCUCGCUGAAAACAUCGGUCUUGAGAACAGUCGUGCGUCAAGAAUGGUGUCUGCAGCUGUGGCUGCACGUACUCGCUCCCGGUUCUUGCAGGCCUGGGCCCUGAAAAUACAAGGUAAUCAUUCUGAAGCAGUUGCUGAACUAUUAAAGAUAUGCCUCAUUCACAAGAUAUUUCCUCCUGAAGAGAGCUCGGCUGAGAUGGAAAUGGUUGCCCGAGGACUUGAAAAGCAGUUAAAUGUGGAUCAAAGAGAACUUUUGUUAAACAUGCUCAUUAGGACAUGUGGUGAAGGGACACGUAGAAGCAUGACUGAAGCUCUGGGUCUGAUACAACCACCUCAGAGUGAUGUUGAACAAGAAAAGAGGGUUUCUUAAGUUGCACAGGACAUUUUACAGCAGCUUCAAUCAAGCCUUGACGCUCGAAAAAUACAUAUUGUGUAUAUCAAUUAGUUAUUGUCUCCUCUUUGUUGCUUUAUUAAUAUUACAUUCCAUCAACAACUAUGAUGCAUACAUAUUUGACAAGCUUUUUAGCUCAAUUGAAGUCCAGUCUUAUGGAAUUCCAAGUUGCUCGCCUACUU